AUGAUUGUUGGGAUCAGGGGCACGCGCCUGACUUACCCUAUGUGUAAUCCCACGGCGGAAAGAAGGUCACCCGGAUCAGAUUCCCUAUAUUCUGGUGUGGCAAAAUUUAGUAGAAAAUCCACCUCCUUGGGUGGCCAACCCACUGCUAACCUUGAUCUCAUUAAUGCAGCUUUUCCCUUGACCCGACCCCCACAGGAUGGCUGGGACUACAACACGGCAGAAGACCCGGACUUAGAUACCCCUCUCCAUGACUGCGCUGAGAUAUUGGCACAGGUUCAUGGAGUUCGGGAAGAUUUACAGGAUCACCCUCUACCAGACGCCGAGGUUACCUGGUUCACUGACAGCAGCAGCUUCAUACAUCAGGGUCAAAGGUACGCAGGGGCAGCAGUCACAACUGAAACUGAGACUGUUUGGGCAGAGCAUUUGCCAGCUGGCACCUCUGCCCAAUGGCCUGAACUUGUGGCCUUAACCAAGGCACUGACUUUGGGAAAAGACAAGAGACUAAACGUGUAUACCGGCAGCAGAUAUGCUUUUGCUACGGCCCACAUACAUGGAGAUAUAUAUAGAGAGAGGGGACUGUUAACUGCAGAGGGGAAAACUAUCAAAAACAAAGAAGAAAUAUUGGCUCUUUUAAAGGCACUCUGGCUGCCUAAACGACUAGCCAUCAUACAUUGCCCAGGCCACCAAAAACCGAUCACACCGGUGGCCACAGAAAAUAAUUUGGCUGACCAGGUGGCCCGAGAGGUAGCCUUACAGGUGAACUGUGCUUUAAUGACCACCCUACCAGACCCCGGUUCAGCUAGUUUACCAGAAAAUCCCGCCUACACUAAAGAAGACCUAAACUGGAUCCAAAAAUUACCUUUAACUCAGUGCCUUAACGGAUGGUGGAGAGCAGCAGACUGUAGCAUAAUUCUCCCAGAAGAAAUGGGAAAUAAAGUCUUAUCCAAGAUGCACCGAGCCACUCAUAUGGGCACCAGAAAAAUGCAGGACUUAAUAAGACAUGCUAGGAUCACCAUUAGAGACUCCAGGACAAAAAUUGAACAGAUAGUUGCUAGCUGUAAAGCUUGCCAACUAACUAACGCUACCAACCACGGGAAAAACCCUGGCUCCAGGACCCGCGGAACCAGGCCGGGAGACUAUUGGGAAAUAGACUUCACCGAGGUAAAGCCUGGAAAAUAUGGAUAUAAAUAUUUGUUAGUGUUUAUAGAUACCUCUUCAGGAUGGACAGAGGCCUUCCCCACCAAGCAUGAAACUGCGCAGGUAGUAGCAAAAAAGAUGUUAGAAGACAUCAUGCCCAGGUACGGAUUCCCUACCCUAAUAGGAUCAGACAAUGGACCAGCAUUCAUUUCAAAGGUAAUACAAGGGAUAGCUCAGUUUAUUGGGGCUGAUUGGAAACUACAUUGUGCAUAUAGACCCCAAAGCUCAGGACAGGUAGAAAGAAUGAAUAGAACUCUAAAAGAGACCUUAACUAAAUUGACCAUGGAGACUGGCGCUAAUUGGGUAGUCUUACUCCCCUACGCUCUGUUCAGGGUGCAGAACUCCCCAUACAAACUGGGACUAACCCCCUUUGAAAUCAUGUAUGGAGUGCCCCCCCCUAUAAUUCCCAACCUACAGUCUAAUGUGUUAACUGAAUUUGAUGAUCAUAAACUUCUUAUUUCCCUGAGGGAACUCCAGCACACCCACCAGAAAGUUUGGCCCAGACUGAGAGCCAUUUAUGAGAAUGGGCCCCCUCCUGAGCCGCAUCACUACCGACCCGGAGACUGGGUAUACGUGCGGAGACAUAAACAAGAGACCCUCCAACCAUGGUGGAAGGGACCCUACGGCGUAAUCCUAACCACGCCCACCGCUCUCAAAGUCGACGGGAUUGCUACCUGGAUCCAUUACACCCACGCCCGACCAGCUGAUCCCUUUGCGGUUUGAGAAGACUUCGUGCCAGAAGCCAACACCGCCUGGAUGGUUGACCAGAGUAAGACCCAUCCUUUAAAAUUG